AUGGGAAAUGCAGCAGAUGAUGGAGUUCUACGUAGUCAUGACGACAGGCUAAUUAAAGCUUUCACCCGGAACCUUUCUGAGGGAUCUAUUACUAGAGUCGAUCUCUCUGGCGUUGAGUAUGGAUUGCGGCUAGCCUGGGAGCUAGGAAUUCGACAACUGAAAGUUCAGACUGACUCCAUUGAUGCGACUAAGUUAAUAGAAUCGGCAGAUGACAAGUACCCACCAGCAGCGCUGAUCAAUGGGAUCCGAAACUGGGUAGUAGAGAUAGCCCAUAUUUUUAGAGAAGGUAAUGUAGUAGCAGAUUACUUGGCCUCGUUGGGUCAUGGUCUUCCCGUGGGGGACCACUCGAUCGAGUUCACUUGUCCGAUGUUAAACUAUUGGUUGUACUUUGAUGUGAUUGGGGUUCAGACCCCUAGAUUGGUUAAUAAUAUAUAA